AAGAUGAUGAUCUACAACAAAUGCCUUUAGUUGUUUCAAAUGAUGAUUUUCAACAAAGUCUUGUUGAUAGUAUGGGCAUAGCGGAGGAAGUUCCAAAUGACAUAGAAGAAGAAGAAGAAGAAGAAGAAGAAGAAGAAGAAGAAGAAGAAGAAGAAGAAGACAUACAAUUGACAUCAAGUAAUGAAGACGAUUAUGAUGAAACUUAUGAAGAUAUAGAUUCAAAUUAACUUAAUCUCAUGUUUCAUAUUGACUCUUUUAUGUAAUAGAAGAAGAAGAAUUAACUUAAUUUCAUGUUUCAUAUUCACAUCAAGUAAUGUUGUAAUUGUUGUUGAUAUGUGUGCAUUAAUAGACUUUGAUGUCAUAAUCUUGUGGUUGUUGUGGAUAUGCAUAUAUUACUAUAUAGUAGAUAUUAUUUGUUAAUCUUGAACUUAUUAUUGAUGUCUUAAUAAACUUUAUUUGUUAAUGUUCUACAUUGUGUGUAUAGAUUAUGAGCAAUAACAUGACUGAUAGAGGAAGAGGGAGAGGCACUGGUAGAGGUAUUAGUAGAGGUAGGGGAAGAGGGAGAGGUAGAGGUACCACCAUUGUGCCACCACCUUCUACUUCUCAGCCAAUACAUUCUAUUGGAGAACCCUCUCAUUGUACUACACAACCUACACAUGGUUCCACCUCCCAAACACCUACAACUCCCCAAAGUAACCAAGCUACACCUACCCCUCAUGUUACUUCCACUUCCCAACCACAUUUAGUUCCUCAAACUAACCAGUCUAUACCUACCCCUCAUGUUCCUUUAACACAAUUCCCAAAUAUGAUUGAAAGACCACAAACAAAUCCCUCCAUUGAUGCUACUGGUAGUCCAAUUGUUGGAUCAUCAUCCUCUAUUGAUCCAUCUUUAGAAAUUGGAAGCUUUGACUCUGAUGGACGUAUUUGGAUUCGCCCAGGUCCACAAAACACAUUCGACCCACCAAUUCACCCUACCCGUGAAAUUUCAAGAAUAAUCAAAGGGAAGUUUGAAGGGUCAUGGGAAUCAUAUGGAGAGGUUAAAAGCACUAAUGAAGGUGUGGCAAACAUGUGGUUUGAAGAGUUUCAGAGAAAGUUCAAGUGGCUGCCUGAUCAUGAUGCACAAAUAAGAAAAGCAUUUGACCAUAAAGCAUCUGAAGGGCUUUCAAAUGCUAUGUAUAGGGUGCGACGAGGCAUUGAUCAAGGGAGUUGGAUUCCAAAGCAAAAACUUGUAGAACUUCAACAAAAAUGGAAUGAUGAGAAUUGGAAACAUAAGUCAAUGACUAAUGCUAAUAAUAGAAAUUCUUCUGAUGGUUCAUUGCAUACUGGAGGAUCCAUUCCUACUUCUGAGCAUUUUAAGAGAUUGAAAAUAUCUACAGAUAUGACUCCAACAUGUUGGGACCUAUUCCAAAAGACCCAUAAGACAGCAAACGGGAAUACAUGGGUGUCUUCCAAGGCAGAAAGGAUAGCGAAUGAGUAUGAAAGACGGUUAUCUGAAAGAGAGUCACAACAGUUAUCGGGAGAUCAUGCUGCCUCUAGUGUGCAAUCUGAAAAUAGUAUUUUCUAUGAUGUUGUUGGUGGUGUGAACGAUAAAGGAAGAAUAUUUGGUUUAGGUUCAGAGGCUGGGAAGUAUAAACCUUCUUCUUCUACAUUCUUAGAGGGUAUCUCAACUCCUGAGUAUGCACAAAUGAAAAAUCUUGUUUCAAAUUUGUCUGAAGAAAACAAAUCAUUGAAAGAACAAUUGCAAAGCCAUGCAGAUUUGAUUCGUGCUUCACAGGAAGAGUCUCGGUUGGUUCGUGAGCAACUGAAGCAAUUUAUGGAGAUGUUUUCUCAAUCUUCUCGUCCUCCCCAACCUCCUCCUACACAUGAUGCUGACAUUGUACAAUCUGAUGAUAAUGAGUUAGAUGAUGAUCAUGAUAUAGAUGUUUAGGGAUGCAUUAUCUUUUACUAUUAUGUUUACUAUGCUUUAAACUUAUAAUUUGUUAUGUUUAAGUUUUACUAUAGUACUUAUCAUACAUUAGGGAUCAACUAAAGUCAUAAACUUUGUUAUA